UGGAGGAACAACUGAGCAGAUAAUAGCAGUUUAUGGAAAUAAAAACAAACUAAAAACUGAAUUGUUUUGUUUUCCAAAAGCAUGCAGAGAGCGCGCUAUGGGUGUGAAGCGGCACGCAAAGGGAGAACAGCAGCACCCCCCAUGCCAUUGAUGAAGCGUGCUGGUGGGGUGCCCCAGCUGUGGCCCAUUCGCCCCCACCCGACAGGCCAAAUCCACAAGAGAACACACUGCCCUGUUCCCCCUCCUCCUCACCUCCCUCUGUUCCACACUCGCCAUGCAGAGGAGAGCGCCAAUAGGCCGCAUCUGAUCACAGUCGUGUGGCCCUGCGGUCCGACUGCACUUCGGAAGGUGACAGUAUUGCUGAAUCGCAGGGGUGUGGUUUCCUUUGAGCAACUGCUGUUGGAUAUUUCAGAGGCGCUGGGGUUUCCUCGCUGGCACAGGGCCAGAGUCACGCGGCUAUUCACACCCCAUGCACAAGAGGUGAAGGGUGUGUAUGAAUUCUUCCGUGGUGAGGUGGCCUUCCUGGCACUGGGGAAGGCCCGUCCGGAGCUGAGCAGUGUGCAGGAGGCCCUGGAGGAGCUCUUUCCAGAACAUUCCCAUUACCAAGCCGAUGCGCUUCGGGCAUGGGAGAAGAAACUCCGCCCAGCACCUGAUAAAGCAGCUAAGGACGACAGUGGAUAUAGUGAGGGGACAGACAGCAGUGGGACACAGACGAACCAAGACACACAACUGGAUACAAAUGUGCAUGUCAAGAAACAUAAUAAUGUCCACGUGUCCGCACGUCCACUGCACCAUACAGACACACAGCAGGUAGAAAAGUCAGACCCUCAGAAAUCUCAUAAAACAAGCACCUGCAGAAAAGCUGCUCACAUUCCCAACCACCUACAGAGACUGUACGUAAAGGGUGGAGUCAGAGAGAGACAGCCCUCUGUCAUCGGUCUGUUUAAACAAGAGAAGGACUUGAGGGAGGUGGACGCCUCCUCUCCUACACUGUGUGAAAACUGCUUAGCAAGAAGAGCUAAAUAUCAAAGUUUACAAUUUUCCAGUUCAGUAUUUGGAAGGGUUCCUCUUCCUCCUGUGUUAAAGAAGCAGAAAGCACAUUUCCGUAUAGAGCAGGAAGUGGGAAUGCCGGCGCUUCCCAUUAGCCUUCCCACUGCUCAUCCAAGCAUUGAGGAUAAGAACUUCAUCCAAUCACAUCUUUCAAGACCGUUUCCAGGAGUAGGGUCUGGACACAAAGACCUACAGCAAGGGGUGAUCUUUGACCUCCCCUCAGAUGGGAGGGACGUCACCUUGUCAGACAUUGAGCGUUGCUAUGAAAUCGGACGCAUUGUCGGUGACGGGAACUUCGCAGUGGUGCGAGAGUGCUGUCAUCGGGAUAGCGGGCAAACCAUGGCCAUGAAGAUUGUCGAACGCUCCAAGCUGAUUGGUCGAGAGCACAUGAUGCAGAAUGAGCUGAGCCUUCUGGCCAUCCUGUGUCACCCGCGCAUAGUGCGACUGUUAGCGCACCACCACACGCACACUCACUCCUACCUGGUGAUGGAGUUGGUGAGCGGGGGGGAUCUGUUUGAGGCCAUCAGUGAGAAGGGAAAGUUUGCUGAGGCAGAAGCAGGAUUGAUGGUGUCUGAUGUGAGUGAGGCUCUGAACUACAUCCACUGCAAGAGCAUCGUCCACCGCGACAUCAAACCAGAAAACCUGCUGAUCGAAGAUGUCACAAAUGGAAGCUGCAGGUUGAAGCUGGGAGACUUUGGUCUUGCAAUGGUUGUGACUGAACCGGUUUUCACAAUAUGUGGCACGCCCACAUACGUAGCCCCAGAGAUUCUGUCUGAAACAGGUUAUGGUGUUGCUGUUGAUGUAUGGGCUCUGGGUGUUAUUCUCUAUAUCCUGCUGUGUGGUUUCCCUCCAUUCCGCAGUCGAGAUCGCAAUGAGGAAGAGCUGUUCCAGUUAAUAAAAAAAGGACAGUUCCACUUUCUGUCCCCCUACUGGGAUCCUAUCUCUGAGGAAGCCAGAGGGCUCAUCAGAGAUCUGCUUCAGCCAGAUCCAUCGUUAAGACUCACAGCAGAGCAGACCCUCCUGCAUCCCUGGGUGAAGACUAUGGCUUCAGUUUGCCAGCAGAUGGCGUCCACAAACAAAGCUCAGCAGAGAGAACCCGAUAUGCCAACAGAACCACAGAGAGUUAAGAGCCUAGAUCAGAACGGUGCAACAGAACCACAGAGGAGCAGAGGACCAGCACACAGCAGCAGGGAUGGAAUAAACAGCACGGAGCUCACCUCACAUGAUGGCAGACAAACUGAUGUAACUACACCAACUGCCCAGAUCCAGGCUGAGCAUAAACCACCACAGCAAUCCUCAACAAACACAAGUACGGUCCACAACAUAUACCCAGAGGUCAAAGUCAACACACAUUCAAAAUAAAUAAAACAGAAUCCACCCCAAAAGAUUCCGUCUCACUCAGUAGGGAGCCCAGCGGUCCAGAUACCAAAAUGUCAAACACAGUGUUUAAUCCAGUUAUCCCGACCAUUCCCAGUGAGAAACACCAAUCACCCUCAGUUUCACUAUCUCCAGCCUCCAGAGCUACACUUCCUGUGUGUCCUCAGGAAGAACAACCUGGACAGUGGUCCUUCACAGACAGCAGCUCAGCGCAACAUCUCCCACCUGCCAGUUCUACAAAGGCGUCUGCAACUGGCUCCAUGCAUCAGCAGAAAUUAACCUCUCCUCUCCACGCUGCGACCAGCACCAGCCAGCAAGCAACACCUGCAAGGUGCAGCCCAGCCCAAAAUCUUGAUGCACUGGACAUUCCCACUUUGCAAUCCCAACCAAACUGUAAAUCUGCUGUUUGACUGAUUGGUUUAGUCUCAUCACUGACAGUGUUCCGGAUAUUAGCACAGAUUUUCUUGUCAGCUGAAUCUUUGAAUGAUCAAGAGAUGAUGUGAUUUACUUUCAAGUUUUAGUACGAACAUCUUGGAACAUCUGGAUAAAAUGUGAUCGGUAAACAGCUUAAUUUAAUGUUAUCCAAGUAGGACUCAAACUGUCUAGAAAUAAUUUAGGUGUUUUGGUGUUCAUUGCAUUUUUUAAGCAACCGUGUUUACUGCUUUUGUUUUAGUUGACCAACUUUUUUUCUGCAAGACAUGAUAAAUUAAAAAAAAAAAAAAUGCAAUGAAUGAUUGUUAGUAGGUGUACUAUUCCUUGAGGCAGCUAUUUUUGAAUGCUUGUAUGACUAAACUGACUCAUCCUACUUUACUACUCUUACUAGAAGUCCAUUCCUAGAGCGCCUUGAGAUCAUUACAGAACACAAUUUGUAGUGAGUCGACUCUUACUCAUUGUAUUUACUUUGACAGUUUUUGACAACUAUCAUGACCAAUUCACAGAAAUCUGUAUAAAUAUUUGGAUAUAUUUAUGUGAGGUGAUUCAAUAUCUACUUGGAACUAAAUAGCAUCCAAGCCACAGAUGACGAUACGGCUGUUUGAUAGCAUGUGUAUGUAACUAAGAGUGGCUCCUCCUUACCAUUCCACGCAAACCAAAAAAAGACGUAUCGGUUGUCCAAUAGAAGUGGUUAGGCCUGUACCCUCCCUGUCUCUAACAGCUGAAAGGAAACCACAAUAAACACAUUCUCUCACCCCCCGCCCCCAAUUUCAUGCAUGUGUCCCUCCAAGUCCUUGAAGCUACUAAACUAGGGGCACUGAAGGGAUGAAAUAUAAUAUAAAUACU